AGCCCCAAAUAGCCAACAGUUGAUAUUUUAAGAAGCUUACUCUACUCGUACACAGUUAUGUAAACACAAUUAGAAUGUUUUCGAGCUCAGUUUAAUCGGUUUUUAUUCGUGCCUCGCGCUGUGGCUAAAAAUUUACAUUUUUACUACUUGAAUGUGGCUGAUUUUCAUAUUACAACGAAAGCCACUAGCGUGCCAUGAUAUAUGAUAUGUGUGCGGCAAGAUGCGUAAUUAUUAAUUACGGCACAGUUGAGCCAGCACUCUGACCUUUCGUGGUCCGCUGCUGACCGGAGAGUCACUGGAGCAGAUCGCGUGCCAAUGACGUAGUGCCUCUGUUUCCUGCUCACUUUAAAACUUUCAAAUUCAAAGAGCCCGAUAUGGGCAAAAGCGUCAAUCGAAGGCAACGAAACGAAAGCAGUCCGAGAAAUGCUUUCCAAGAAGGCGACCGUGAGAGGUGGGCGACGUGGUCGGGUGCAACCUUUUAGGGCCACAUCGCCGAUAAGAUACAAAUUUGUAUCUGUAGUAUCAAGUGCGACUUGCUGUUCACCUGUGUGCGGCUGAAGAGCUCGAGCUGGUUUAUCUGUGACGGCGAUAAAAUAUAACAAAAAAUGGGACAAAACUUCAGAUUGUUUGUUUAUAUAAACAAAUACGAGAGAAAUAUAUGAAGUGUGCGUAAAAAGGUAAAGAAGAAAUCAGUCAGUUUUAUGGGUGCACUCUGAGUUGGGAAAGUGAAUUUCCCACAAAGUGAUAACAAUUUGCGGAGUAGGCAGACAAUAAACACCUAAAUAAAAUAUUAUUAAACGGUUAAAGAGCAACUUUCAAGAAAGUAAUCACCUCUAUUAAAGCAAAUAAAGAUAACUGGUGCUGGCUUUCACAUGAUUUAGUUUAUUUUGAUUUAAAAGCUCAAACUCACGCGGCCAGCAGCAACAACAUUGUGCAACUCAAGGUUUAAAUGUGAUUUAAAAUUGUGUCAACCAGUACCCGCAAUCGCAGAUUGCGACCAUUCAAAAUGAUAGAUAUGAAAGCGGCCCCAGCAUCAGCGAACCAGUGCGAAAUCCAACAACAGUCGGCGUUCAAAAUGGUUUUAUGAUACAGCGACUAGCGAAUAGCAACUAGCAACAAGCAACUAGCAACACACCAACUGGCAACUUGCAACACAUCAAGUGUCAACUAGCAACACGGCUGCAGCAGCCACACGAAUUUCCCACAGAGAGGCCCUCCCUCAACCUUCCAAAUGACGGACAAUAAAGACGCCAGCCAGGUGCUGAACACCACACCCGACCAGGUGGUCACCAGCCGCGCCCCACUCACCGGCCUAGCGCCCUUGAGGCACAGCCAACUCUCUGAUAGCGGAGCGGAGAGCUGCUACGAGGGCGACGAGCAGGCACGGCUGAUCCGGUCGUCCUCGUCGCGGGCCCACAAGUUCAUCAUAAUACCGGCCACGCCGGGAACACCGCCGGGAAGCGGUGCGGUAGCAGGACCACUUCCCUUCCGCCAGGCCAGCUCCACCACAUCGCUGGCGGCCAUGGCAGCUGCGCUGCACAAACAGUCGCCACUGCGCCAGGCGUCGGUGCGAACCAGGCCCAGUUCGGAAGUAUUGCAACCUGGUCAGGUGCUGGCCCAUCAGCCAACGGCAGCAGGAUCCACCUCCACGGUGACCUUCACCAUUGACGACUGCGAUGAAGAAGGUGCGGCCAUUCCUGCUGCAGCUUCAGUUCCAGUUCCCGUGACCACGCCCGCCAUCUCACCCACGCCGGCUACCCUGACCUGCACCACCACCACCACCAUGGCCGGGGAUUCGGUGGCCGUCUCGCCGCUCAGCAUGGAGCUAAAGUCGCGGUUAGGCAGCCAUCACAGCAGCAUGCGCUCCGUGGUCUCAGGUUAUCUUCCGGGCCUAAAUGACAGUAGCGGCAAUCUGGUUGGAGGCGUAUCGAUGGCCACUUCCGGAUUACAGGCCCCCAAUCCGCUCUACAUGCAACCACAGGCCUCGCUGAGCGGCAGUUCCUAUCAUUUCCACGAACUGGCCGGCAACCAGAUCUACUCCGAUGUGACCUCCGUUCGCUCGCUGGCCUCCAUUGGCAUUGGGUCGACGGAUGGGCGCAAGCUGGUUAUCCGGCGAGUGCCCACCACCGCCAACGAGCUGUUCGACAUGGUCAAUCCGCAGACGCCACCACCCUUGGGGGUGGAUGACGAUGACAGCUACAUGGACAUGUCCGAUGAGACGGCACACCUGAAGCCUCGCCAGCAGCACUGGGCAAACAAGAUGCAGUUCGUCCUGGCCUGCAUAGGAUACUCGGUGGGUCUGGGCAACGUCUGGCGAUUUCCCUACAUGUGCUACAAGAGUGGCGGUGGUGUUUUUCUAGUACCUUAUUGCAUAAUACUGUUCAUAUGCAGCAUUCCGCUGCUCUUCAUGGAGCUGUCCGUUGGCCAAUACACCGGUCGAGGACCCAUUGGGGCCCUGGGUCAACUGUGUCCACUGUUCAAGGGAGCCGGACUCGCCAGCGUGGUCGUCUCGUUCCUCAUGUCCACCUACUAUAGUGUCAUCAUAGGCUACUCCAUCUACUACUUCUUUACGUCGUUCAAAACGGAGAUGCCCUGGAUCGACUGCAACAACAGGUGGAACACGCCGGAUUGCUGGGUGCCACAGCGCAAGGGGAUUAAUGCCAGUGCGCCGGACACAUCUCGCACUCCAUCCGAGGAGUUCUUCGAAAACAAGGUCCUUCAAAUCAGCGGUGGCCUGGAGUAUCCGGGCAUGAUGCGCUGGGAGCUAUUCGCCUGCCUAAUCUGCGCCUGGCUAAUGGUCUACUUCGCCACGUGGAAGUCGAUUAAGUCGUCGGCGAAGGUGCGCUACUUCACGGCCACCUUUCCGUUCGUGCUGAUCAUCAUCCUGAUGGUGCGCGCGGUGACCCUGGAUGGAGCUGCUGAGGGUCUGCGCUUCUUCUUCCGUCCCAAGUGGUCGGAGCUGAAGAACGCCAAUGUGUGGAUCAACGCCGCAUCCCAGAACUUCAACUCGCUGGGCAUCACCUUCGGAUCCAUGAUCUCCUUUGCCAGCUACAACAAGUACAACAACAAUAUCCUGCGGGAUACCGUGGCAGUGAGUGCGGUGAAUAUGAUCACCAGUCUCCUGGUGGGCAUCUUUGCCUUCUCCACGCUGGGCAACCUGGCGCUGGAGCAGAACACCAAUGUGAGGGACGUCAUCGGUGAUGGACCGGGCAUGAUAUUCGUGGUCUAUCCCCAGGCGAUGGCUAAGAUGCCGUACGCUCAGCUCUGGGCGGUCAUGUUCUUCUUCAUGCUGCUCUGCCUCGGUCUGAACUCGCAGUUCGCCAUCGUGGAGGUGGUGGUCACGUCCAUACAGGAUGGCUUUCCGCGGUGGAUCAAGCGGCACCUGGGCUAUCACGAAAUCGUGGUCCUGUUCGUCUGCGUCAUCUCAUGUCUCUUCGGAAUGCCCAACAUCAUACAGGGUGGCAUCUACUACUUCCAGCUAAUGGAUCACUACGCCGCCUCCGUGACGAUCAUGUUCCUGGCCUUCUGUCAAAUGAUCGCCAUUGCCUGGUUCUACGGCACGGGAAGGCUCUCGAAGAACGUCAAACAAAUGACCGGAAAGGCGCCUUCCUUCUAUCUCAGAUCCUGCUGGCUAGUCUUGGGACCCUGCCUCCUCUUUGCCAUCUGGGUGUUGAGUCUGAUCAACUACCACGAGCCCACCUACCACAAUGGACGCUAUACCUAUCCGGACUGGGCCUAUGGAAUAGGCUGGAUGUUCGCUUCAUUCUCGCUGAUCUGCAUACCUGGAUAUGCGGUUAUCAACUUCCUGCGCUCCACUGGAGAUACCUUUUGGGAACGCAUCCGGAACACGCUGAGACCCAACAUCUACGAGUGCAAGAUUUGCGGGGAACACCACUGCGAACACGACUUUCCGGAGCAGGAGCAGUUCAUGCUGGCCCAGGAAAUGGCCACCGUGUACAAGCCCACGAACCCACACCUGCUCCAUCUCGGCCAGAAGUGCGGCUACAACGCCAUGCAAGCCUCACCCUCACAUGCGGAGGCAGGAGGACCAUGUGGCCAGUAACUGUUAGGAACCUUUCCCAACAAUAGCCAUUUCCGAGUAUUUUUAACGAAUCACUUUUGUAAGUUAACUGCAGAAAUUAAAGUAUUUAAAUAAAUUCUAGAGCGAGACUA